AUGGCUGGACCAAGCGAUGUGAUGAAACCUGAGAGUUCCGGUGCAAAGAAUUACAAGAACAAAGGGAAGGCAAAACAAACCACCGGCUUUAAGAAGAAGAAGAAAGAAAAGGGUGACUUCAACUGCUUCGUGUGUGGUGAGCCUGGGCACAUAGCCAGGAAGUGCCGCAUGCGCAAAGGCAGGAAGGAAGGAGGCCAGCCAUCUGCGAAUGUUGUCGUUAGCGAGGCAGGUGGAGGAUCUAGGAAACAGACCCUCGUGGUUAGGUUAAUCAUGCUCCGGCGUGCUCCUGCGGCUACUACAUACGUGGAGGACCAUUACGAGGAUGAGGUUGAUCAAAAUCAGAAUUAUGUGCAACCACCAGCACCACCAUCACCAGGUCAUCCUCUUGCAUAUCAUCGCAACGGUACGAGUGCACCACCUGAGGUUACACAAGCUGAGCAAAAUCAGAGGCAUAAUUUGUUCCAUACAAAGGGAGUUGUGAAGGAACAUUCUGUUCAAGUCACCAUAGAUGGAGGGAGCUGCAACAACUUGGCUAGCAUGGAGAUGGUGGAGAAUCUAUCUCUCACCACAAGACCACAUAAACAUCCUUACUACAUCCAAUGGUUCAACAACAGCGGCAAGGUUAAGGAGGCGCAUGGAGGAGGAUUAAUGGGGCACUUUGGCAUGAAGAAGACAGAGCACGAGCGGUUGUACCGGCUUCUGGUGAGCAGCAUGCUCCCCAUCGUGGCAGUGCUCCUCAUGCUCAAGGCGGCGGAGCUCCGGCCCGUGCACGUGUUCCUGGCCGCGUUCGUCCCGGCCGCGCUGGCCGCCGUCUACCUCAGGCUCCGCCCGCGCGUCGUGUACAUGGUGGACUACGCGUGCUUCUGCCCCAGCCCUGGCCUCCGCGUCCCGUUCGCCGCGUUCCAGGAGCACGCCAGCACGUGCGUCGACGAGCGCAGCCUCCGGUUCAUGGUGCGGCUGCUCGAGCGCUCCGGUCUCGGGGAGGAGACCUGCCUCCCCGAUGCGCAGCACUACAUCCCGCCGGAACGCGAUCUCGGGUCCUCCCGCGACGAGGCCGAGCUCGUCGUCUUCUCCGCCAUCGACGACCUGCUCGCCAAGACCAAGGUCUCCGGGGAGGACAUCGACAUCCUCGUCGUCAACUGCAGCCUCUUCGCCCCGACGCCGUCUUUCGCCGACAUGGUCGUCAGCCGGUACAAGCUCCGCGAGGACGUGCGCAGCGUGCACCUUGCCGGGAUGGGCUGCAGCGCGGGGCUCAUCUCCGUGGAGCUCGCCAGGAACCUGCUCCAGGUCGCGCCUGGGGGCUCCAACGCGCUGGUUGUGUCCACGGAGACCAUCACGCCCAACUACUACACGGGUAAGGAGCGCGCCAUGCUCCUUCCCAACUGCCUGUUCCGGAUGGGCGGCGCCGCUGUGCUCCUGUCCACCCGCGGCCGCAACGCGCGGUUUCGGCUCGCGCACGUGGUGCGGACGCUGACCGGUGCCAAGGACAGUGCGUACCGAUGCGUGUACCAGGAGGAGGACGACCGCGGCAACGUCGGGAUCAACCUGUCCAAGGACCUGAUGGUCACCACCGGCGACGCGCUCACGGCGAACAUCACGGCCAUGGGGCCCCUGGUCCUGCCGGCGUCGGAGCAGCUGCUAUUCGCGCUGUCCUUCGUGGCGCGCAAGGUGGUCGGCAGCAGCAGGAUCAAGCCGUACAUCCCCGACUUCCGCACGGCGUUCGAGCACUUCUGCAUCCACGCGGGCGGGCGCGCGGUGAUCGACGAGCUCCAGCGCAGCCUCAGGCUGUCGGACGAGCAGGUGGAGGCGUCGAGGAUGACGCUGCACCGGUUCGGCAACACGUCGAGCAGCUCGCUGUGGUACGAGCUCGCCUACAUCGAGGCAAAGGGGCGCAUGCGCAAGGGCGACCGCGUGUGGAUGAUCGGCAUCGGCUCCGGGUUCAAGUGCAACAGCGCCGCCUGGGAGUGCAUACACCCGGCGCCCGUGGCGGCCGACGGGCCCUGGGCCACCUGCGUCCAUCGGUACCCCAUCGACGUCCCUGACGUGCUCAAGCAUUAGUCGAGCCCCACCCAAGCUAUCUCGUCUCAUGCAAUUUCAGACGAACGCACAACAAGCUAUACCACACUAUAGCCACACACUACUACUGCAGUACCUUUUUUUUCAUGGUAACACGUCUCAUUUGUAUCAUAAGGAACAUUGUACAAGCCACGUACAUACCGACCUGACAAAACUGAACAAAUAGCAGAA